GUCGAUAUUUCCCUCAUGCCUUGGCCACCGCUUGAUCGAAACCACUCCUUGGCGAUCGAUCGCGGCGGCGAUCGAUUCCGACCGCGCGUGGAGCACGUUCUGUUCCCUUUCCCUUUCCUGCUAGUUUCUAUUUUGGGAAAACCCACUCGACCACCGCAUCUUAUCCUAUCCCCUGCGCCUCGCCUCCCUACUCUGCCCUGCCGCUUCCCCUCCUCGCCGGCGGCUCCUUCCUCGCGGCAGCCCACUAUCCCCGGCGCCUCGCCUCCCUACUCUGCCCUGCCGCUUCCCCUCCUCGCCGGCGGCUCCUCCCUAGCGGCAGCGACCAAUACGGCGAGACGACGCGGCCGCACGAGUGCCGGCAAGGUCAGCGGUGAAUACGGCGAGGCGCCGCAGCCGCACGAGCCCCCGCAAGGUCAACGGCGAAUAGGGCGAGGCGCCGCGGCCGCACGAGCGGCGGCGAGGUCAGCAUACGGCGAGGCGCCGCGUCCGCACGGGCGGCAGGGGCCAAGGCGGAGCGGCCGCACAGCCGCCGCGAUUUCCAGGGGCGGAAGCGGCCAAUACGGCGAGGCAGUGUUUGUCCGGCGGCCGUACGUCCUCAUGCUUGGGCUCGACCUCCCGCUGUGCAUCCCCACCGGCAUCACCAAGCUUCCCAGCCGCGUCCGCGUCGGCUCCGAGGAUGUCCCGAGCGUGGCCUCCGAACAUUCAGCAAAAGAGGGACAUUGUGAAUUUACUAGAUUGCGACAAGUCUACACAGGGAAUAGGCCGAGUUUGCAAUGAGCAGCUUGCAGAGCUACUAUGGCCUGAGUUCUCAAAGAGGAGAUGGCAUGGAUUUAAGUACAUUAAUGUCCUUGUACAGCAAGGGAAGCUCCCAAGGUAUUGGAAGUGAAAUACUCCCAAAUUCUUCUUCUCCGCCUGACAGUACACAAAGCAUUGGAAGAGGCAACUGGGCGACCAAAGAAUUAGUUCAUUGGUUCCAUACGCCAUGGCAGAAAGUGGAGGCCGAUCCCCAGGAUGACCCUUUCUGCCGGAUUCAAUUAAGAUGACGAAAAGUUUUUUGCCAAGGCCUUUUUUCCAGUAUGCGUUUGAAUAUGGACACAGACUCAAAGAACGGUGGGAUCUUUAUGUGGUCGGGCUCCAAGUGGACCUUCAACCAUGAGUCCUUCACCUGUCCGUUGCUCGACGGUCUGCCCAAACCUGUGCCGGGUCGUAGGAUGAAAGCUGCUUUUACUGAGUUCUACUCAAUGUAGCGGCGCAAUAGGAGUUAUUUUUGUAUUACCGCUCUGCUAUUGCAAGCUUCAUCUGGAUCUGUUAUGUCAUCCAUAUGAGCUAAGUUGAGAGGGAAAUGGAAGAGGAGGCUUGGUUCGACAUGAUCUUCUGUCACGUCAAUCCUUGUUCCUCAGAGCGGCGAUCACACAACGGACGGGAUUAUGGAGUCGUCAAACGACAUUACAGUUGCAUCAAAGAUAGAAAGAAUCCUCAAGAUCCUGGUGCAUUCUUUUUUGCUGUCGAAACUAAAGAAAGAAAGUGCCAGAACAACAUCCUGUGUUCAUUUUCUUUUUAAUUUUCUUCCACGAGAAUCAUGGUUCUGUAAACACAGCAGCAGUUUCAAAAUGGCUCAAAAAGUACAAUGCAUUCUUUGUCAUGUAACAGCGUUCCUAAGCUAUUAUUGAAUGAUCACGGUUUUUUUCAACACGUCCUGGACUUUACAUUUGAUAUA